AUGUCGCUGCCCACGGUCACAUCUCGAUGGGUCAUCAGACCGACGAAGGACAAUGGGUUCGACAGCCUCCAGUAUCAAGAUUCCGUACCAAUACCUCCACUCGGAAGCCAUGACUGUCUCGUUCGUUUCGAGGCUGCGGCGUUGAACUAUCGUGAUGUUGCUAUCCUUCAGGGCAAUUAUCCUUGGGCUGUGAGAGAAGAUGUCGUACCGGUGUCGGAUGGGGCUGGGACGGUCAUCGCUACAGGUCAAGAUGUCAGCGAAUUUCAGGUAGGCGACAAGGUGUGCACCUUGUUUCAUCAAGGAUGGCAAGAAGGACUCCUGACUCCAAAGAAACGAGUCACAACGCUCGGCACCUAUCUCGACGGCGUCCUGCGUCAGUAUGGCAUCUUCCCAGGGAAGGGCCUCGUACCCAUCCCUAGGCACUUGACGAUAUUCGAAGCGGCAACACUUCCUUGUGCGGCCGUCACUGCAUGGAAUGCCCUGUAUGGCCUUCCCGGACGAGCGCUGCAGAGGGGUCAAGCUGUGCUGAUACAAGGCACUGGCGGAGUCAGCCUUUUUGCGAUGCAGUUCGCACUAGGGGCAGGGGCAACGGUCAUCGCGACAACGUCUUCGUCUGCAAAGGAAGAGAAACUCAGGGCAAUGGGAGCGCACCAUGUCAUCAACUACAAGGACAAUCCGCACUGGGGCGAAAUGGCCAAACGGCUGUCCCCUGGUGGUGAGGGUAUGCACCAUAUCAUCGAAGUCGGCGGAAGUGCGUCGAUGGCGCAGUCGCUGAAAGCUAUCCGCAUUGAAGGACUCAUCUCGUUGAUUGGUUUUCUGGGUGGCAAGGAUGCGGUGUCACUUUGCAAUUUUGGAGACUGUUUGGCGACUUUAUCAAUCAUUCGCGGAGUCAAUGUCGGAUCGAAAGAGCAGUUCCUCGCCAUGAACGACUUCAUGACUGCUCACAAUAUCCGGCCUGUAAUCGAUGACCAGGUGUUUUCUCUGGAAGAGGCCAAGAGUGCAUAUGAAUUCUUAUGGAAUCAGAAGCAGUGGGGGAAGGUGGUCGUUCGUAUGCGGUGA